CAAACCUUUCUUGAAAAAUGUCUAGUGAGGUUUGUAUUUUUGAAAUAAGAAUGACCGAUACGCUGCAAAGGUUCUCAAAAAGUUAAUAGUCUUAACUGUUUAGGAUUCUACUCUGUUUGUUUACAUCAGUACGGUACCCAUAUUGUUGGCAGUAAGUGGAAGUGCGCCCUAAUUGAUAAUGGUCUUGAGACGAGGAGAGUCUAAUAGCCGUGGUUGGCGCUCUAAAAGCAAUCAUCGUUGCUGCUUCAAUUCCCUGUUUAGAAACAAAGAAACUAGAUAUGUAUCGGAUUCUGUUUGUUCCACUUCUUCUUCAUCAGCUGGUCAUCGAAAACGGUCCAGCACAUCCGAAAAAGCAUCCUCUGGUUAUGGUUGUUCAGACCCUAAAAGACGUCGUGUUUCAGAACGUAGUAAAAGGCGGAAUCAUAGUUCCCAUGUAUCAGUUCCUAAUUUCAAUCAUACAACGAGCACAUGUAAGGCAGUACGUAUCUCUGGUGAUAAGGGCCGUCCUCGAGACCGUUCUAACAGUUCCUCCUGCAGUGGCAUCGCUCCUAGUCAUGUUACCAAACCUCCGCCUCACCAUCCAACUAAGCGAGAACGGCAGCGUAGUCCAAGUAUCGAAAUCCAUGAUGGGCAUUCAAUGCGCGUUCACUUACAUAAUGGGCAAUUUCCUGGUUCUCCGAGACUCCCUGACAGAGAUGACAAGCAAAUAGCACGUCGGAAGAGAGAAGAAAAGCGUCGCGAUGAAAAAGCACGAAGGAAAGCUAGUCAUGAGCAUCACAAACGCAAACCAUCUGCUAUUGUACCGGUCGGUGACACUAUCAAGCGACGCUUUCGAGUGGAGAAGAUACUAGGAGAGGGUAGCUAUGGGCAAGUUUUUGAAUGUUUUGACUUGUACACAAAUUCGUUGACUGCUGUCAAGGCUCUUAAACCUCAGAGUGAUUAUAGUGAUGCUGCGCGUCACGAGGUUAAUGUUUUAGAAACUAUUGCAAGAUUAGAUGCCAAAGAUCGAUCCCAUUGCAUAUCAUCUAUAGAUUUCUUCGAAUGGCAUGAACACUUCUAUAUUGUAUUUCCUCUACUUGGUCCAAGUGUUUUUACAUUUCUUGAAAAAAAUGAGUACGAACCGUACACCAUUGAACAAUGUGCAAUAAUUAUCCGACAGUUGUGUGAGGCUGUUGCCUUUUUGCAUCGAAAUAAGCUCACACACACAGAUUUAAAACCUGAGAAUAUUUUAUUUGUUGAUGGUACUUACGACGAAGUUUAUGUCAACCAUCGUGGCAGAACAGUACGGCGAAUCCGUAAUCCAUCCAUAAAGCUUAUAGACUUCGGAUCAGCCACUUUCGAUGAAGAUCACCACUCGACUACCAUACAGACACGGCACUAUCGUGCUCCUGAAGUUGUUAUGGAGCUUGGAUGGGAUCGAUCUGCUGAUGUAUGGUCUAUAGGAUGUAUUUUGUAUGAAUUGGUGACAGGACAAUGUUUAUUCAUGACACAUGAUAACCUUGAGCACCUAGCUAUGAUGGAACGUUUACUAGGGACUCUCCCAAAAUGUAUGACAAAGGUGUCCCGUCGACGACGAUAUUUCCGCCAUGGUCGGUUAGAUUGGUCUCCUGCUUCUUCAGAGUCUCGUUACGUUAGGAGAGUUCUGAAACCUCUUGGUGACUACUGGUUUUCUAAUUCUGACCUUUACAAGCGCCUGGCUUUCGAUCUUGUAAAAGAGAUGUUGGUGUACAUUCCGUCAGAACGAAUUACCUGUUCCAGAGCACUAGAGCAUCCUUUUAUUCUUUCGUUUCAUAGUUGAAAUUAUUCACUACCCCUGUACAAUAUCCCCCCUGACUAUGAUUAUCAUUGUUAUUUUUGUGAAUAUUUGUUUUCUUUGCAAUGGAUACAUAUGUCGGCCAUCAGUAGCACUACAGGUUUUUCUUACUUCGUUAAGGUUUGAAAGCUUUAUUUUCGUAUUUUCUAAAAUUCGACAGCAGAAAAAAUAACAACAAUCAUCUCUUCAAAACGUCUUUAUUUAUCUGGUUCCCGACCUCCACUUUUACACUAGUCUAGACUUCCUAAAAGUUCAUAAAAUUCAGAGUUAAAGAUUUUGUCUAGCGUCAUCGCACUGCCAUCCGUGUCUGUUCCAUAAACUAGCUUCAGGACCGUCCUCACCCUGUAAAAUAAGUUAAGUCAGGCAAAAAACUACUUUUUAUUUCUGUUCUUCAUACGAUGAGUGGGUAUUGUUCUCAAAAAAUCCUUCAGAGUUAAUGCUCUUUCAGUAAUUUUCUUCGGGAGUCCUGUAGCAUGUGCUGUACUAAUUGCCUCGCUUCUUAAGUUCAAACCAUUGACUGCUUCAUAAAGACACACCACUCUUCCUUCAUGAGGGACUGUCCUCAUUGUCUUGUGUUAAGAACAUCAAAAUGUUUCUCAAGCUGAAAACUUACCAGGUAUUGCACUUGCGGUCCAUACAUUUGGAGUUGCCUUAGUAUUGUAUGGUUGUGGGUAGCUAUGAUGGUAUACGGACAUUCAUUUCUCAGCAAUAGGAAUUCUGUCAUAGCGAUUGUAAGCGCAUCUAACUCUAACUGAAAAAAUGAAAAUUUGGUUACAAUAUGUGUGGUUAUAGUAGUUUUACAUGUUUUAGGUAUUUAUUAGUAAUUAUAUCUUGAUAAAUAGAUUUGUCGUACAUGGUUCUAUGGGUUGUCUUAUGCUAUGCUCUUGUCAAACAUCGGGAAUACUCGUUUUUAUUCGCUAUAUAUAUAUAUAUAUAUAUAUAUAUAUAUAUAUAUAUAUAUAGCAUUUUGUGGAUUUCGUAGCAUCCCGUUUGUUAUGUAUUGUAGUCAAGUUUCUUGAUUUAUAAGAGUUUGGUAUUAAUAGUUUAAAUUUACAUCACUGCAUAUUCCGGACUAGAACUCCGAUAUGCAUCGAUGUAAACAUUUGUGUGGCGUCCUAACUACACCAUAACCAAACAAACCUGUAUUAGUAGUUUUACCAAACUUUAGUUAAACAUAAUUCCUGUCACUCUAACUCAUCUUCCCGUAGUAGUUUCUAGGUGUUAGACUUACCUUAUUUACGGACUUUGCAAACUCGUCCAUUAUUAUCAAAGUUUUGCUUGUUAAGUUUCUUAAAGCAACUGAGGCCAUUUGAAGUGCCAUCAUAUAGGUCGAACAGUUAUCUCUUUCAGUAGAGUUUGUACCUGUGAGUAUAUGUAUUGCAUCAAACGCAGAAAUUGUUGCCCCUUCAGCCGGAAUAUAGCUUCCUAUGUGCGUUAAGUAAAUUAUUAAGGCGAUCUACAAGUAAACAAAAAAGCGUAAACAUGCUAGGCAAGUAUAUUUUUAUGCUCAUAUUUGCUAGCAGUGUACUUUACCUCGGUAAAUAAGUGCUCAAGUCCUCACUAGGAUAUUAAGGUACGAGAACUUGUAAUUCCCAACCUUAAAUUACAUCUAAUAAUAACUAGCGUUGAUACAC